GAGCUAAGGGGAGGCCCGGAGCCUUUCUGGGGCCUGGGGGAUCCUCUUGCACCAGUGGGCGGAGAGAAGUGCCUGUAGCCAACCAGGGUCAGGCUGUGCUCACAGUUUCCUCUGGCGGCAUGUAAAGGCUCCACAAAGAACCUGGGAGUUCAACUGAGGCUGCUGAGUCGGCCUGGGGAAGGACCGGAGCCCUGAGUGGGGUGCCGGACCCAGGACCUGCAGGGAGCAUGCACUGAGGCGGUUGCCGGUCACACUGUGAGGAAGAGCUGUGAGCAGCAGCCCCAGCGACAUCCUAGCCAGACCCAUCCCUAAGAACCUCUGAGAGCUCAGGCUGUUGCCAGCAGAGGCCAGUAAGGCAGGGCUGCCAGACCAGCCAGAGACUCGGGACCCCUCCUGGAGGCCAUGGCCGGGCUGCCCCGCUGAUGGCAUCGUAAAGCAUGUGAGGCGCUGCUCCAGAGUCAACAGGAGAGAAGAGGCUUUCAGAGACCUCAUUCAUAAAGACCAACCACCACACUGCAAGGACCAUGAGGUCACUGUGUGUGACCUGCUGGUGGCUUGGACUGCUGGCCACUGUCGGAGCUGCUACAGGUCCAGAGGAUGAUGUUGAGGGCACAGAGGAUGGCUCACAGAGAGAGUACAUUUACCUCAACAGGUACAAGCGGGCAGGUGAGUCUCCAGACAAGUGCACCUACACUUUCAUUGUGCCACAGCAGCGGGUUACAGGUGCCAUCUGUGUCAACUCCAAGGAGCCAGAGGUGCACCUGGAGAACCGUGUGCACAAGCAGGAGCUGGAGCUGCUCAACAACGAGCUGCUUAAGCAGAAGCGGCAGAUUGAGACACUGCAGCAGCUGGUGGAGGUAGAUGGCGGCAUCGUGAGCGAGGUGAAGCUGUUGCGGAAGGAGAGCCGCAACAUGAACUCUCGAGUCACGCAGCUGUACAUGCAGCUCUUACAUGAGAUCAUUCGCAAACGGGACAACGCGCUGGAGCUCUCCCAGCUGGAGAACAGGAUUCUGAACCAGACGGCCGACAUGCUGCAGCUGGCUAGCAAGUACAAGGACCUGGAGCACAAGUUCCAGCACCUGGCCAUGCUGGCCCACAACCAAUCAGAGGUCAUUGCACAGCUUGAGGAACACUGUCAGCGGGUACCUUCUGUCAGACCUGUGCCCCAGCCACCCCCAGCCACCCCACCUCGGGUCUACCAACCACCCACCUACAACCGUAUUAUCAACCAGAUCUCCACCAAUGAGAUCCAGAGUGACCAGAACCUGAAGGUGCUGCCACCCCCUCUGCCCACCAUGCCUGCUCUCACCAGCCUCCCAUCUUCCACUGAUAAGCCAUCAGGCCCAUGGAGAGAUUGCCUGCAGGCCCUGGAAGACGGCCACGACACCAGCUCCAUCUAUCUGGUGAAGCCCGAGAACACCAACCGCCUCAUGCAGGUGUGGUGUGACCAGAGACAUGACCCUGGGGGUUGGACUGUCAUCCAGAGACGCCUGGAUGGCUCUGUCAACUUCUUCAGGAACUGGGAGACCUAUAAGCAAGGGUUUGGGAACAUCGAUGGCGAAUACUGGCUGGGCCUGGAGAACAUCUAUUGGCUGACAAACCAAGGCAACUACAAACUGCUUGUGACCAUGGAGGACUGGUCUGGCCGCAAGGUCUUUGCAGAAUAUGCUAGCUUCCGCCUGGAACCAGAGAGCGAGUACUAUAAGCUGCGGCUGGGGCGCUACCAUGGCAACGCAGGCGACUCCUUUACCUGGCACAACGGCAAACAAUUCACCACUCUGGACAGGGACCAUGAUGUCUACACAGGAAACUGUGCCCACUAUCAGAAGGGAGGAUGGUGGUAUAAUGCCUGUGCUCACUCCAACCUCAAUGGGGUCUGGUACCGUGGGGGCCAUUACCGGAGCCGAUACCAGGACGGGGUCUACUGGGCUGAGUUCCGAGGAGGAUCUUACUCGCUCAAGAAAGUGGUGAUGAUGAUUCGGCCCAACCCCAACACCUUCCACUAAGCUUGCCCCCUUCCUGGCCACCCACGGCCAUUGCCAGAAGCCACUGAAGCCGUCCCAGCCACGCAGACCUCAGCACAGCUCCUCACCGGCUGCUCCGCUCAGGCUGGAAGGACCUGCUUUCCAAGUCACUCUAUCAGAUAAUGGACGUGAACAGUGUCCUCUGUCCCUCCCGCUUUCUGUCGCAGCUGCAUGUUCCCAGGACAGGACAGAACUGCAGACUUUUUACAGUUAAGUCCCUCCAAUAAAAACACAACUGCCAGUACCCUCAGACAUGACAGACAUGCAUACGAGCCACCAUGUGUAUGUGAUCUUAGACACACAUCACACUGGGAUGUCUAGAUACACAUGUGGGUUUGACACAUUCGCCUAACUUUUCCAUACUCAGCGCUCAGAUGCUGAGGCCAGCAAUACGGCUCUGUCCUUAGGAGGCUGCUUUUCCUCACUGCCUUGUACUUGAGUCUAAGGGCGGAACAGGCCAUGUAGCCCUGAUUUCGAAAUACAGUCCUGGGCAUUGCUGGAUUUCCCGGAGCGUCUGCAAGCUCAUCUCUCGUGUAGGGUUCCUGGCCUUCCUGCUUGGGAACCUCUGGGACACCCGAUUAACCACUCCCUUCCACUGUUGCAUUCUCCUUCUCGGACGGCUCAGCCUCCCUCCAUCCAGUUACCCUCGGCCUGCACCUUCUGUGCCUUAGUCUCUGGCUGCUCACUGGAGGUCAAGGGACCUCUUCUCCCUUCUCCCUGACCUCUCUUCUGCCACACAGACCUUUACUGUUGGCACAAUUCAUUGGCCUUUGGGGAGGGAAGAGUCUGGGCUCAGGUUCCCGCUGGGAAAGGGAAGGCCAGGCCAAGAGCCACAGUGGCAGCCACACAGACCUGUCUUCAGUGUUGCACCGUCCACUCAUACCUCCGCCUCCACAUUAUUUUAGCUUCCACACAAACAGUCCCCUGCCUUGCCAGGACACUCCAGUGGAGAGAAGUCACUGCCAACAUGUUGGAACUCCCAGACAGCUGCAGAUUUGAGGUCCUCUGCUCACAGGGGAACAAUCUGCACCCUGUCCCCAAGCUACACCUCCCCAGAAGAUGAGGCCACACAUGGAAAACUAGCGACUCUCCAUGAGCUGCAAUGCCCUCAGAGGCUGCUGGUGGGCUGCAGCAUGGUGGCCUCCUGAGUCCUGCGGGCUUAGAGGGAUCACAUGACUGCCUCACCAGAAGCAACAGAUAAGUCAAGAAGGUGAGACCCUCCCAGUGGGUACAUGUGCCAGGUGUGUGAGCGGUGGGCCUUUUGGUACUGUCCACAUCUGGGUGCAUGCCUAUUACCUCAGCAUUUCUCCCAGUGUACCAUGUAGCAUGUUCUGUUUAUGUAUAAAAGGGAGGGGGUUUUUGUUUGUUUUUUUAAAAUAUAUUCCCAGACUAUCCUUGUAAUGACACAAAUCUGCAAUAAAAGCCCUAAGUGCUAUGUGGAUGCACCCACA